CAGAAGGCUCGCACGUGGGACGAAGGCGUCUCCUCUAAAUUUUCCACCACUCCUCUCAAAGAAAUCUUCCAGGGGAAAAAAGUCGUCAUCUUUGGGUUGCCCGGAGCUUACACUGGUGUUUGCUCAACGCAACAUGUCCCUAGCUACAAGAAGAACAUCGACAAAUUUAAAGCUAAGGGCAUUGAUUCUGUGAUCUGCGUGGCCGUGAAUGACCCAUAUGUCAUGAAUGGUUGGGCCGAAAAAUUGCAAGCAAAGGAAACGAUUGAGUUUUAUGGUGACUUUGAUGGGAGCUUCCACAAAAGUAUGGAAUUAGAUUUGGAUCUUUCUGCUGCAUUGCUUGGACAUCGUUCUCAAAGGUGGUCAGCCUAUGUUGUGGAUGGAAAGAUCAAAGUUCUUAAUGUUGAGAAAGUUCCUUCCGAAUUCAAGGUUUCUGGUGGAGAGGUAAUCCUGGACCAGAUCUAAUCUAACCUUCUCUUGGAGACUACGAAACAUCAGUUAACUUGUUCAGUUUCUCAACAUCUUGCAUUUCCUAUAAUAAGUUAGCGGUCCAUUAGUGAGCAAUGGACAACAAACAUUAGCUUUGGUUCUUUGCUACUCGACAUGGGCGUGUUAUUUGAAUGUAAUCCUUUGCAGUUUGAUUAC